AUGUGCGCCUGUGCCAGAAACUGUGCUUGUAAGGAACCUCAUGUUCUUGAAACAUGGAUACUCUUCGCCGAGGGCCCAGGGCCAAUCGGGAGCCUCAACGACAACAGCCUUGAGGCUCCUUACCAGUCCUCCCUCAUCGUGAAAGUCCAACUUUCGGCAGCACUUCUAUCCAUCUUGGCCUUCCAAUCAACAGCAAAGCUUGGACUAAUGUUUCGCUGCUCUCCAGAGAUCACAUGGGAUUCUCAUCGCUCUCUCGUUACUGAUUCCAACUUUUCUGAGCAGUUUGUAGCAGGGAAAUGUCAUGCAGUCGAAUACGGCUCACCGAAACUUGGAUCAGAUGCUCCGCAGGAGUUAUCUGCUUCACUGGGGUCUUACCAUUCUCACUCCAGCCAACAAGUGGACCCCCAUGAACUUCACAUUAUAAUUGACGAUCCUGAAGAGACGCACGACGGGAAACCUCACGACGCGCACGAGACUCCGAGUGCUAUUGCAGAGAGUCAGAGUCGGCCUCCCGAGUCUACAACCGUAACAACAUUGGCUCCGGGUCCCCCCGAAGUCAAACGAUUUUCGAGACAAGCGACAAGACAAAAUUCAGAGCGAACCGGCGGCGACCGCGCAGUAGCCGAAAGCUCGGAGUGCACGGAAUGUCUCAAGUCGUAUCUCCUAUCGGAGUGUGGACUUAAGAUCAUCUCCGUUUCUGUGGCGAGAUAUUUUAUCAAGUUCUUCAAGAUCAUUACCAGAUGA